UCUUCAUUUGUAUUGUUAAUCGCUAUUUUGAGGUUACUCGUUGAAUAAUAUAAAAACACACAAAAUGCCUUUUAUGAAAGGUAGAGCACCUAUUAGACGAACAUUAAAUUACCUAAACGCUGGAAAACUAGUAUUUAAAGACAAGAUAAGGAUAUUCUCUGUUGGUUACAACAUUCAUGGCCAGAAUAACACAGGUGCUAAGGAGUUCGUUUUCUGGUAUUUACCACAAAUUCAAUAUAAAAACCCCGAUGUUCAAGUAGCUACGUUGAAGAACUUAACACCCUCACCAUUUAUUAAGUGUUAUUUCGAAGACGGACGGCAGAUUUUGGUUGAUAUAGACAACAAGACUAAGGAAGACAUUUUAGAGCAUUUAAUGAAUACUGUUGGGAAGUCGAAAGAGGUCUUGGAAGCAGAAGCUAUAGCGGCUGAAAAAAAAGAUAACCCAGCUAACUUUGGUAUAGGUUGUGAAAGACCGUGUAUAUGUGAAGUUUAUGGUCAAGUACCGUGCCCUGGAGUUGUGCCAUUACCAAAAAUAUUCCGCGGAAAAUUUAAAAAUCAAACUGAUUAAUUAUAUCAAUCUUAGUCAAUAAGUUAAAGCAUUUAGGUAUGUAAAUAAAAUAAAAAUAGUUGUAUUUGAAA